AUGAAGCAAAUAAAUGAGAAAUGCAUCAUAAACCACCUCCCAGGGGACCUCGUUGAGCGGGUGUUUUUCGGACUUCCAGUGAGCACUCUGUUGACGUGCGUCGGAGUCUGCAAGCACUGGCACAACAUCAUCCGGGAUCCACAGUUUGUUGCAUUGCACCUCCAGUGUGCGCCAAGUUAUGCCCUUCUGUUCUUCCCGUCAGGUUUGGUUUCAGGCAAGCACUACCCUAGUGAUGCUGUCCUAAUUGAUGAAGCCUGGUCGCCAUCGACAUAUAUAGUGCCAGUGAUUGGGCCUGGUGAUUUUCUUUUUGGUUCAUGCAAUGGCCUUCUUGGCUUAUACACAAAGACAUCAACGAUCAAGAUAGCUAACCUUGCAACUGGUGAAUGUCUACAUCUUGGGAAACCUGUGAAGAAUCUGAAAGGUGAUAAUUUCUGUUUCUAUAGCUUUGGAUUUCAUCCCGUGACAAAAGAAUACAAGAUUACACACUUCCUUGGUGAUUGCAUUAAUGGUCGCCCCCAUAAUAAAGACAGGUUCAACAUCAUUCAAGUUUACACGCUUGGUGAUGAGAAAUGGAAAGAUAUCCGAACUCCAGAAGCUCUUAGCUUGAUCAGUGUGAGAAACUCUGGAGUUGUCAAUGUUGAUGGAAAAAUGUAUUGGUUAACUGAAGACAUGUCAGCUAGCUGGCAGCAUGCAGUUAUGUCCUUUGAUAUCAGGGAAGAAAGUUUUGCAAUGAUACAACUGCCAGCAGCACGCGAAGAUCAUGAUUACUAUGGUUCUCGUAAGUUCUUGAUCAGAGAUAUAGAUGGGAAAAUAUGUAUAGUGACUGCUCAAACUAGUCGUUAUGAUGCCAGAACUCUUGUCGGUGAGCUGCAGAUCUGGGCACUUGACAACAUGGUAGAGCAAAGGUGGAGCCAGAAGUACAACAUUAAGUACCCACCAGAUUAUAUUCUGGGUCCACGUUUUGUUCACAGGGAUAGGAUCCUCACACAACGCGGCCGCAAUAACGUAUGUUCGUACGAGUUGCUUGGUGAGAACUUCGAGAUUGAUUCAAGUAAGAUGGUGAAGCUGUUAGAUUUCAGUCCCUGCAGGCACAACUUGCAAUCUCACAACUGUGUGAAGUCACUUGUACGUUUAGAUGUAUACAAGAAUGCUAAAAUUGUGUGUAGGCCAAAACAGUGGGAAGGCUGGGAAUUGAACAAGUGGGAGGCGUGGGAGCGUGGGCUCUCUGAGAAUGAAAAAUUGUGCAGUGUCAUUCACCAAGUUGAGCUUAAUGGAAUUGCAUGUGCACAACAAAAUGGCAUAUGGUUCAAUGAGAUACUGCAACAUAUAUUGGAUGAUGCGAUUCGACGGGAAAUAGGCAUGAAAAUUAAUCAAAUAUUUCCAAACUUUCCAGACCAGCAGACAAGACCCCUCCGGCAUCUUAAUUGUGUGGCACAGAAGCUGGAUCAGGACAAUUUAAUUGCUCGUAUUAAUAAUAGUAAGACUAUUAUAAAGGCUAUGAUGCAGACAACAAAUAGUAUCUUUGACAUGAUUGAUAGUGCUGUAGAUGACCAGAUUGGUGCUUCAAGUUCAAAUGCUGGCAUUUCUUCUCAGAAUCACAGCGAGGGCGAUGACACGAAGACUUGA